AUGAGUGCCAACCGCGAUGUGGAGAAAGCCACCAUAUCGGAGUUCGGAGAAGCGAAUACCGAACGCCAUCAUGACGCGUCGUACGCCUCAAUAAGGGUUCCAUCAAGACCAGCAUCCCAGCACGAAGAGGAGGGGAUCGAGAGGAUACCAACAAACGCCUCCCGUGCGUCCCGUACAAAGAAGUCGGUAAUCGGACUGGCUAAGACGAUUACCGCUCGUUCGAAUGCAUCCGUCAUCGACCCUGGACCACCGCCCGACGGCGGCACGAAAGCUUGGGUGCAGGCGUUCAUGGGCCACUUCGUGAUCUUCAACACGUGGGGUAUGAUUGCGACAUUCGGCGUCUUCCAACAGUACUACACGCUCGACCUGGGCCUCGAACCAUCAGCCGUCUCGUGGAUUGGAAGCUUUCAGAUGCUGGGUCACUUUUCGCUGGGCAUGUUGACCGGGCGUCUUUUCGAUGCGGGAUACUUCUACUGGUCCGUGAUACCUGGCAUGCUCGUUUCCUGCCUCGGUAUGUUCAUGACCAGUUUGUGCACGAAGUACUGGCAGAUCUUCCUUGCGCAGGGUGUAAUGAAUGGAGUCGGGAAUGGGAUGCAGUUUGCGCCCGUUCUGGGACUUGUUAGCACAUACUUUGCGAAGAAUCGGAGCGUGGCACUCGCGAUCAUGGCUAGCGGCAGUGCGACGGGUGGACUCGUCUACCCAACGAUCGCACGACAGCUAGUUCCCCGAAUUGGUUUCCCAUGGACCGUCAGGGUCAUGGCUUUUAUGAUGCUGGCCGUCGGAAUUUGUUACAGCUCGCUGUUGAAACCACGAUUACCUCCGAGGAAGUCUGGCCCAGUGCUCGAACUCAGCGCGUUUAGAGAAAUGCCGUAUAGUGUAUUCUUGAUGGGAGUUUUCCUCAUUGCCCUUGGGCAGUACUUCGCCUUCUACUACAUCUCGUCGUUCGCGAUCGACAUCCUUGGUCUACCAUACGCAACCUCCAUCAACAUUCUGCUAGUACUGAACGGUGUCGGUGUCCUUGGUCGUAUCGUACCAUCCUAUUUCGCCGACAAGUAUACCGGGCCGUACAACAUCCUAAUACCCUUUUGCUUUGUCUCCGCUUUUGUACUUUACUUCUGGCCUCUAGUCAACAGCGAGCCUAGCCUUUACGCUUGGGCGGUGUGCUAUGGCUUCUUUGUCUCAGGAUUUCAAGGAAUCUUCCCGGCUGUAAUGACUACGCUGACAAAGGAUAUGAGUAAAGUAGGUACGAGAAAUGGCCAGGGCCUUGCUAUAGUAGGGCUGGGUACUUUCAUCGGGCCACCAAUCGCAGGAGCGCUGAUACAAAGUAAUGGUGGAGGUUAUCUUAGCGCGCAGAUCUUCGCGGGAACUGCAGUGUUGCUAGGAAGCUGUAUACUGGUUGUGGGACGGUGGAGUAUCACAGGAUUGAACCUGAAGGUACGAGUAUAG